UUCAGUCAGCUUAUUUAUUUAUUUAGGAAACAAACAGUACAAUACAAACAAAAAAUAUUAAAAAAAAUAGUUAAAACAAUAACCAAAUAUGUUUCCACAAUCAAAAUCACAUAUAGAUAAAAAUUGAACAGAGAAGAGAAAUUUAGAAAUUAAAGUUUAGUAAAGAAAAGCAACACAAUACGCACAUAUUAUUUUGUACAUCUACUUACACUAUAAAACUAUAAUAUGUACUCAUCGGACUAAAUGAACAUAUAAAUUUUUUAAAAUAGCUAUUUAUCGAAGUAUGUACUCCAUGCUUACGAAGUACAACCAAAUUUUUGUAUUUAACAAACAAAAAAUGAAAACCUAAUUAAUACCACGACCUUACUUAAAUCAGUCAAAAUAUAUUUCGCAAUAUAAUUUAUUGUGCACUUUUUUACUUACUAUUGUCAUUAUAAUCGUAGUCAUAGUUCAUUGACUACUUCGUAAUUAUGUAAGAAGACCCCGAAUUGUUUUCCAACGAUCACCAGGGAAAUGACUCACAACAUUCAAUUGAUGGUUAAAUGAUCGGGAAAAACCAAACGGAAAUAUAAUCUAUGGCAAUUCUAAUUAUCCAAUUUAGUUUCAUACCGUAUUCGUAAUGAGCAUGUUAGCAGUUACGAGAUCCACUUUUAAAUAGCAAUACAACUUUGACUCGCGUUCAUAUUUGUUUUUAAGACCCAAUUUUCAUAGUUGCAAAAAUGUCAGUACUAAGCUUAUUCAUGUUGUAUUCUGUUUGUCGAUGUUGUAUUUUUUCCGCUCAACCCACAAACUGCCUACGCAAAUGUAAUUCAGCAUUUCGAUUGACGUUCAUGUAAACUUUCUAAGUAAAUAAAUAUUAAUCAUUUUGUGGGUUUUCGCGACUUUUUUAUACCUUUUUUUGGAGAUGGUUGUCGAUUCUCCUCAGCUUAUCUUCGCGUUGACUGGGCAUGCGUGAUAUGAGGCUGUCGUUGCAACCCAUUAAGCGCCCCAUAAAGUUCUCGUAGCUCGGAACCUCCUAUCUACCGCGUUAACCGCGGUCAAUAAAUACUACAAGACACGCGGGUCGGUUUUUGCCUCUACCUUCACCUUUCUUUUCUCGAAACACCUACCUUUUUUGACAGCUGUGUUAUGGUAUUUUUUUUCAGUUUUUGCGAGUCGCGGACAUAAUCAUACUACUAUUUCGGUUUGACCUCACGUUUUUAUAGCCAUUGUAUUAUUUGCGACAUUUCCAAUACCUACGUUAUAGCUUUCGUGGUAACAGACGACUCAAGGCAUCUUAGGUAUUUAAAUGAAAGUUUUAUGGUGUUCACCUACACGAUGUACACUUGUAAUAGAAUUUAUGUCUUAAAAGCAAUUAAUAGAUUUAUCAGAGAAUGAGCACCGGCGUUCUUUGAGUUCUAUUACAUUAGAAUACCGAGUUUGCCAACUCCCAUUAAAUUUGUUUGUCAUAAUAUUCAGAAUGAGUUUCUCUCUCUCAUCACAGAGUUUAUCUGCUCAAUAAAUAAGCACGAGAAAAACAAAUACAAAAAGAGUAGUUAAUUUUUUUUUGUUAUCAGUCAUAAUUCAAGAAAGAUCCUAAUUGAUUUCGUAAUUAGUGGCCUAUAUAAUAUAUUAGUUUGUUAGGUAUGAAUCAUGAAUGUUUAAUUGAUUGUCUAAUUAUAACAAUACUAUUAUCCCGCCCGUACUCGCGUGGACUGCACCAUAUUGCGUGAGUGGAGUCCCGUGAUCAGCAAUGGAAUGAAUACUGGCCUAUAUUCUCACUCGGGGUCCAAACUAUUUCAAUACCGUUUUCCCUAAAAAACGGUCCAGUGAUUCAGGCGUGAAAGUGUAAUAGGAAACAGACGUACCUGUUUAUUGUAACUUCUAACGUGUAUCAGUGACAAAGUAAAUUCCGAAAAUAAGCGAUACAUUUUAUUCACGAUAGUUAAAGUGAAACUAAUAUAAUUGGCUCCAAAUAAAUGGCUGCCCACUUAUUAAAACUACAUAAAAAUAAGAUAAGUAGUCCCGGAGAUGUGUGUGAACAAACACACAGUCAGAUAGAACACAAUUAUAAAAACUACAUACUGGUUGUUUUAUAUUAUAAAUAUUUUCUUUUGUUACUUAUUCCCCCCUGUCUAUUAUAAUUUUUUUCAAUUUUAAUUAUUCAUCAUUAUCCUGCCCUUCUCCCAGCCACCUGGGGUCGGCGCAACAUGUUUUCUCCUUCCAUACUCUUCUAUCAUAUGCCAUUUCUUCGCUCACACCCCUCUUACCCAUAUCGUCUUUCACACAAUCCAUCCAUUUCUUCUUAGGUUUCUCCAUCCAUUUCUUCAAUUUUAAUUAUUCUGUUUAUUUUAUUUUUAGUUAUUUACUGAAUAUGUGAUUUUUAGUAGUUACAUAGACAUCACUAUGUGAAUACCGCCAUCCACCUUGAUGUAUGAGUUCUAAGUCUCAAUUGAAUAUUAAGGCGAUCACACCCUAUAAACUUAACAAUAUGCAUGAUUUUUCGCUGAUUGUUUCACUCCAAAUAAAACAUAAUAUCUUUUAUUAUAUUAUAUCAAGUUCGACUAUUGAAUUAGAUUUUAUUUAAUUGAAAUUCUUUUUGUUUAAUUGUGGGACAUUUUAGACUAUUGGUUCAAUUUUAAUGUUUUUCUUUUGACAUAAAAUGUCAUCGAUAUUCAAUGAUAAUGAAGCAUUUGAUUGUAGUUGCAAAUUCACCGGAAGCUUAAUACCCAAUGACGUAUGAAUCAAUACCUUCUACAGCAUUAGUCAGCCUUAUCAGUGGGUGUGUACAAUUGAUCAGUAGAUUUUUACAUAAAUAUUGGAACCGGUGUCAGGCGCCAGAGCAUUCGUUCAUUGUCACGGUCGGGCCUCACGUAACACAGACACGCAGAAUUCGCCCAGUCUCGUAGCAAACACCGCGUCGUUCGCACGCACGUUAGUUAGCUCUUUAAUUAUUUAACAGUUUACUUAACUACAACUGUGUCUAGUUAGUGGAAAACGUGUUUGAUGUGUGUGACGUAAUUUCUGCAGCGUUUAAACUGUUAUUUUUGUCAGAAAUAGCACGCGUUCCAAGAUGAAUAAAUUCACCUUAGUUCUUGGGUUCCUGCUGCUUAUAGCGGUUGUUAACGCACGGCAUUAUGGCGACAGAAGAGACUCUGGAAGUUCUGGAGAUGAUGACGAACAAAGCGACUUCAAGAAAGAAAGAGAUUACCCGACCCUAAACAGACACCGUAGGAGGAGAUGGCAACUAAAUUACGGAUAUGAUUAUCAACCCCCCCGACAUUAUACCGAAAGAAGAGACUAUUAUCAAAACCAACAGGAUCUGAUCCCUCAGAUAUUUAGAUUGCUUGACGAGCUCGCUGUUGAGGUAAGGAGGCAGCCACCUCCGCCCCCACCACCGCAGCCAAUUUACAUUCCAUACCCAGUGCCCUAUUACGUGCCUCAAUACGUUCCGUGUAAUGUCAACCAGACAAAGAAGCCGGACAUUAAACAAAGAUUCCCCGAUAUGGAAGACACGAACCAAAAUUGGGGAUUCGCAACGUCGAACGAAAGCGACUACGAUGAUGGAUUGGACGGUAAAAGACCGAUCUCAUUCGAUAAGAUUAGGCCAAAGGAUGUCAUUAAAAGACCCGCACCUCCAGUCGAACAUGGAUCCAGUCAAAACGAAGCAUCUACUAAGGCCCCAAAAAUCAACGACCAAGCUGCGAUCACUAUGCCGAGCAUGUGCCAAGCGGCAGCUCUAUCUUGCUGCGGUUUCUCUGACGACAAAUCCCAGCAAAAACAAUGCUUCACUAACGUAGGAUGCGCAAUGACAUAUGCUAAUGGAAAAGCAUGUACUCUCGACGCCAUAACCGAAGCACUGAAUGUAUUCCAAAACGCAUACGCUCCCGUGAAUUGAGCGCACGAUUAUUUCAAAUCAGUACUCAGUAUUACGUGUUUUAUUUUUUUAUUAUAUUCGCCGUCUCUUCAAUACUAGUCUUAUGUGUUAAUAAGUAAUAUGAGCCAUCUUAUUUGAUAUUACAAGUUUUCUUAUUUAGCUAUCGUUAAAAUUUAACAAUGCAAUAUUGAAUUUGUUUCGUUGUCGGCUUGAAGGAUUAAUCGGUUGCAUGAUCAAUCAAUGUGAUUUAUGUUCGAGAUAGGUAACGAUAUGAUCCCGGGCGAAGAUCAAAGCGCCUAAGUACAUUCACGUCAGAUCUGAAUUUUGGAUUUCCUUUCUUGAAUCACAGAAUCCUCGUUCGUAACGAUGUUAUUUAGAACAAGCCUGUUAACUUGGAGUUGAUUUGAAUUUCGUCUGCCUGUGCUAUUGUAGUUUAAAGUAUUUUGUUUAAAUAUUCACGUUAGACUUUAAUGCCAUAUGUUAAUGUCCGUUUUAGCUGUUCCAUUUCAUACUUUAUUAUGAUUUAAAUCACACGAACUUAUUUAUGUGUCAAGAAUUAUGUUAAUGACACAUCUUAAAAAAUAUGUAACGUAAACUAUAAACUUCUUUAAACAUUACUUAUUAAUGUAUAGUUUGAAUGCGCUUACACUUCAUCUGCUUACACGAACACAAAAGCCGUUUUAAUACACAUGGAAAAUAUUAAGUGUGUCGCUUCGUAGGUAAGCCUGAAUCUAAAGUAAAUCAUAUUAGAAGAAAUCCUUCGCCAUAUUAUAUGCGUUGUAAAUAAUGAAGGCAGCAAAAAAAAAUCAGUUAUAGAACAUAAAAGUAGGACUAUAAUGCAAACAUUGUCACGCAAAUUAUCGUAACUGUAAUAACUUAAAAUAUUGCAGUGUUUUGCGAAUAAGAAACUACUUAUAAUGUGCUGUGCUAAUAUUUCUCGAUUAUUGGCAUAGUUUUCGUAUUAAAACACAAGUCGUUUCAUCAGCAUUUAUGUUUGUAACGUUACUACCAAAAUUUGGAGCGAUUUCCUAGUCUGUAAUAAUUUUAAUAUAGUCUUUAAGAAAUAAAGCUAGCGUUGUUAACAUUAA